CUAAAAAGUAAAACAAUGUCUUCGUUAAAUCUUUUAGAACAAGGUAUGCUCCCUUACGCACGCGCUAUACAAGUUUCCGCUAGUCUUUUUAUUUCCGGUGUGCAUGGCAGCCUUUCGCAGUUUAGCAGCAAGAUGAAGCCAAUUUUACUACAUGGUCAUGAGCGAUCAAUUACUGAGAUCAAGUACAACAGGGAGGGAGAUCUUAUCUUCUCUUGUGCUAAGGAUCACCAGCCUAAUGUGUGGUAUUCAGUAAAUGGGGAGAGACUAGGCUCCUUUAAGGGUCAUACAGGAGCAGUAUGGAACAUGGAUGUCAAUUGGGACACAACCUAUGUAUUGACAGGGUCUGCUGACAACUCGUGUAAACUAUGGGAUUGUCAAACAGGAAAAAUGUUGUCAACAAUGGAGUCCAAAACAGCUGUAAGGACAUGUGGAUUCUCAUACAGUGGAAACCUUAUCAUGUACACAACAGACAAAACCAUGGGACAUCCUUGUGAAAUCCACAUCUAUGACAUCAAUGAUAUGAGAGAGCCAGCGAUGAUCUAUCCUAUAGCUGGAUCUAAGAUCACAUCAGCCAUCUGGGGUCCGUAUGAAGAGUACAUCAUCACAGGUCAUGAAAAUGGAGAGUUAUGUCACAUUGAUUUGAAAACGGGUGAAAAGAUCAAUGCUGUCCAAGACCAUUCUAAACAGAUCAAUGAUAUCCGGUACUCCAAAGACAUGUCUAUGAUCAUAACAGCGUCUAAAGACACCACAGCCAAGCUGUUUGAUACAGUAUCCCUGCGUCAUAUGAAGACAUACAAGACAGAGAGGCCAGUCAACUCUGCAGCCAUUUCUCCUAUCAGAGACCAUGUGGUACUUGGAGGAGGACAGGAGGCUAUGGAAGUCACAACAACCUCAUCCAGGGUUGGCAAAUUUGAUGCUCGCUUCUAUCACCUUGUAUUUGAGGAGGAAUUUGGCAGGGUUAAAGGUCACUUUGGUCCUAUCAACAGUUUAUCAUUUCAUCCAGAUGGAAAAAGCUACAGCAGUGGGGGAGAGGACGGAUAUGUACGAGUUCAUCAUUUUGAUCCCAGCUAUUUUGAGUUCAGGUUUGAUUAUUAACCUCUGUGGAACGUAAACACUCGAAAAUUGACUAUUUAUUUCUAAAAAGUGCUCUGGACACUGAAAAGGUCUGCCAUGCCUGCUAAAUCUAAAGUGAAAGGACAAUUAUUUUGUAUUAGGGAUCAUGCUUUUAUAAGCAAGGUCCGACUCCAGGAAAGUGAUUAUUACUGGAUCAUGAAUAAAUUCUUCAUCUGGAU